AUGUCAUUCCUCAGUCUGCCCCUCGAGGUUCAUCAGCGGAUUAUAUCAUACCUUCUUUCCAACCGCGACGUGGCCGCCCUCUCAGCACAAUGUCGAACCCUCCACUCUAUGUGCGAUAUGGCAACACGCAAGAAGUAUCAUCGGAUUAGUGUCUCCUCAGCAGAGGAAGAUAUCGAUAGGUCAUUCGAACUGUUGAUGGAUAUUUUGAAGCGACCUAACCUAGGUACUUACGUGCGCCAUGUCGAAUGCUGCUACGCAACAUACAGGCGUAUAUGCUAUAAGGAAGCUAAGUCUCAACGAGAAUUGAGCGAGGAAGAGAUGAAUCUCGUGCGAAAGGCGGUUAGAAAAGGCGGCUUCAUAGACCAAGAGGAUCGAGUGAUCAAUAUGCUUAUGCAGAGGAUGGAAAAAACGGCAACGUUUGCCUAUCGGGAACGUGAGAGCAUCGGUACAUUCGUCACCCAAGCCUUGACAGCUAUUCUGAUUGUGGUAUCGCCAAACGUUGUGUCAAUGGCCAUGACACAUCCCACUGGCCUUAGCUUUAAUAGGGUAACCGACUUUCCGCUUGCCGAGCUUCUUCGCCAAGCUAAUGCUAGUCCCGAAACUAAACCAUGCCUUCGCAAUCUCCGCAGUGUUUAUAUCAUCAACAAAAACGAUGAUUCCUGGUCUGAUGAUCGUUUCUAUGUCCCAUUGGACCUUUCUGGCUGCUUGAGCCUAUUUGAUAACCUUCUGUCGAUUGAAUCCGUCCGUGUUGAUGUAAUGGAGGAGGAUGAGAACGGAGAGCGCGAAUUCAAAGAGAAAUGUUCCAAUAUCAGCAAGAUCUCCAUCCAUCAUUCGUCAGUUAGUUCCCUCUAUCUUGCGACUUUGAUAUGGUCGUGCAAAGUCCUCAGAGAAUUUCAGUAUUCUAUCGGAGGUAGAGCGAGCAAUGAUGGGGGUUGCCCUACAUUCAGUCCUAAAGUAUUCAUCAAAGUACUUUGCGCACACAAGGAAACACUGGAAAUUCUCGACGUUGACGCGGAAAAUGAGAUCUUUGACUUCGGAAUCUCCGACGAGGACGAGAGAGACAAACGACUCAAUGAAAUCGGAAGCCCGUUUGAACACGGCAUAGAUGACGAAACCUCUGCAUUUUACAAAUCGAUAUGGGCAUACCGUGGGUCACUGAAAGAAUUCGGGGCCUUGAAACGAUUGAGCUUGGGGAUAAACUUCCUGUUAUACCUUGCCGCUGGCGUUAACGGAGAACCCUACAAGAAGAAAGGAAAGUCAAACCUGGUAGACUGUCUACCAGUUGGGCUAGAGUACUUGUGUGUUCGGGGAUACCAGAAGGGUGAGAAUGAGGAGCACGAUGAGCAGAUGGACGCCUUGAUGGUAUUUUACAAGUCCGGGAAAUCCCGACUUGAAGAGGUCAAGGGGGUUGAUGAGGUGAUUCACAAUGCCGAGACGGUUCAGGAUCCAGAUAAUGACUCUCAUUUGCUAUGGUCAUUGAAUGAAAUCGGGUAUGAUAGUGAUUAG